GGCCUCACGUGAGCCGCCAACGCUGACUCGCGCGCCUAGCUGUAGCGUCAGAGCCGGCUUUAGCUCGCUCACUUCUCGGUGUCUACACCCGGUGGCCGUGCUGGCGUGCGGGCCAGAAGCGGUCCCGAAGAGUCAGACGCGGAGGGGAAGUAGGUGUGCAGGUCUAAGUGUCGCGGCGGCGCACUCUUCGGGAGAAUCGGGAGGAGGAGGAGACUGCAAGGAUAGGCCCAGGAGCAAUGGCGUCCAAACAGAAACCAGCGGUGAAAAAUGUCAAUAUGGAAAAUGCCCAGCAGGAAAACGAAGGAGAGGAACAGGGCCCCGUGCAGAAUGAAGAGGAAUCACGCAAUUCGAAAGGGGGUGAAGGCCAGAAGCAUGGAAGAAAUGUCAGGCUGGGGCGAAUAAGACGACUUGUCCCUAAUUUUCGGUGGGCCAUACCUAGCAGGCAUACUGAUCACAAUGAAGUGGGAGGUGAGGAGGAAAAGUUUGUAGGGCAGAUGAUGGAGGUCAAGAGAAAGACUAAGGAGCAGCAAAUGAGACAUCAUAAGCGCUUUCAGACUCCUGAACCUGAUAAUCAUUAUGACUUUUGCCUUAUACCUUGAAACCUAAGGUUUUCUCCAAGGUUGUUAAUGUGGCCUCGGCUCUACAAGCUUGUAGUUUUGUGAUUUACUUUUUCUGUAAAGCUUUUGGUGUUUCCACUUACCAGUUUGUAAUUAAAUAUUGUUUUGUCUCAAGUGUAAAAUUUUCUGCCCUGUAGGGCAAUUUCACUCAGUUUUAGGAAAAACUAUUCCUUUCAUAAAGUGAAAUUAAUAAAGCAGUUUAAAAAGCAA